AUGGAGACCGAACGUCAAACCGGUCCGGGAGAUGUGCCCGGUCCGGGGCGCAGGACGGACGGCAGCGGUGCCUGGCAGGGGAGCUUGCUGCAACUUCAGGUCGUCGGCUUGGAUGGUGAGGGUCUUGCGUUGCGAGUUCCAGAGUCCCUCACGGGACAGCAGCUACGCAAAAUCCUCCGUCGCCUACUGCCACUGAGAGCUGGAUUCCGAGUCUCCCUGCAGAAGGGAUCCGAGAUGCUUUCUUCCAAGAAGACGUUGAAGGAACAAGGACUGAGCGAUGCUUCCUCGGUGUCCUACUUGUAUGAGCCCGCCAGUUUGCAUGAUGCUUGGAAACUCCUCCAUUCGGCACCGGUGGAGGAUAGGUUUGCGGCUUUGGAUGGGCUUCGGCAUUUACAAGGGAUCUGGAGCUUGAAUCAGCUGAGAGAACUUCCUGAGAGCCUGCAAAGUCUGCAGUUCGCCCAGAAGUUCAACCAAUCUUUGGAGCGGGGACCAGCACUGCCCUUCGGCUUGAAGGAACUGGCCUUUGGCCAUUCUUUCAAUCAAUCUUUGGCGAAGGUCAAUUGGCCCAAAAGCCUUGAGAGUCUGAGUCUUGGCAAUGAGUUUGACCAAAGCUUGGACAAGGUGACUUUGCCCAGCAGUCUCUGUAGUCUGACCUUUGGCCGGGAUUUCAACCAAUCUUUGGAGGAGGUCAAAUGGCCUUCCAACCUCGAAAGCUUAACUUUCGGACAUGAUUUUGAUCAGAGCUUGGUGAACUUGCCCAGCAGCCUUCACCAUCUCACCCUCGGCUUUCAUUUCAACCAGACUUUAGACCAAGUGACCUGGCCCACCCUUCACAGCUUGACACUGGGCUACGACUUCGACCAAUCCUUGGAUCGAGUGGCUUGGCCCAGCACCCUGCAGAGUCUUACGUUUGGCUACAAAUUCAACCAGCCCUUGGAUCGCGUUGAACUGCCUCCCAGCUUGAAGACUUUGAUCUUCGGCAAUGACUUCAACCAGUCGUUGGAGCGAAUCAACUGGCCCAGAUGCUUGGAAACUCUGACCUUUGGCGGGCACUUUGACCAAAAACUGAGAGGAGUGACUUGGCCCAGCGGCCUGCGUAGCUUGAGCUUCGGUUUCCGUUUUAACCAGACCUUAGAAGACGUCAAGUGGCCCUCCGGACUUCAGAGCUUGAAGUUGGGCUUUGCUUUCAAUCUCGCGUUGAGAGGUGUCGAUUUUCCCGGCCUGGAGACUUUGGCCUUUGGCUAUAGAUUCGAUCAGACUUUGAAACAUGUUUCUUGGCCUCGGGGCCUCCAGAGUUUGACCUUUGGCUUCAAUUUCACACAAAGCCUAAGCCAAGUGGCUUGGCCAGACAGCCUCGAGAAUCUCAUCUUUGAGGGCAAGUUCAUCGAACCUUUGGAAGAAGUUACCUGGCCCAGCAGCCUCAAGAGCUUGACUCUGGGCGUCGAAUUUGACCAGCCGUUGGAAGGAGUGAGGUGGCCAAGCAGUUUGAAGAGAUUGACCUUCGGAGAGCAUUUCAACCAGCCGUUGGAGCAGGUAGCUUGGCCUGGCCUGGAGACCCUGACGUUGGGCUCUGCCUUCAACCAGAGUUUGGAGCAAGUGACUCUUCCCAGCAGCCUUUUGUCCGUGACCUUCGGCUACAAGUUCAACCAGUGUUUGGAUCAAGUCGCUCUACCCAGUAGCUUGCGAAGUCUCACAUUGGGCGAUUGUUUCAACCAGGUGUUGCAACAAGUGAGAUGGCCAAAGAGCCUAGAGAGCCUGACCUUUGGUUUUGCUUUCAACCAGAGCUUGGAAGAUGCAGUUUUGCCCUGCAAUCUCCAGUCCUUGACGUUUGGCGCCCGAUUCAAUCAGUCUUUGGAGGAAGUGGCUUGGCCCUGCAGCCUCCAGAAUUUGACGCUUGGCUAUGGCUUUAAACAAAGCUUAGAGCAUGUUGCCUGGCCGCGCAGCCUCAAGCACUUGGUUCACAGGGAGCUGGCCCUGUCUGCCUGA